UUUUAUUCGAUAAAGAAUUGCCGCUAUCUGCCGGCAGUGUUGUUGCAAUAACGUGCAGAACAAUUUCCACGAAUUCCCUAUUCCAUAUUCGCAUGCAAUGUCUUGACAGAAUUGUUCAAACAAGUGAGCGUGAAAAUAAUACAUACGUCGCUAAAUUUUCCAAAAUGGUGACGUCGUUAGACAAUGGAACAAAGUGUUCAUGUAAAGCCUCAGGCGUGAUUACAAAGUCAUCUUCAAUCAAACUGCAUGUAAAUAGAGCACCGAUUCUUGAUAUCAAUGAUAAGAUAUUCUGCAAUAACACAGAUUCCGUCAUUAUAUCAUGCACAAUCAGUGGCGAAAUGUCAGAAUUUGGAUUCUCACCGUUUGAGCACAGAUUUCAUGGAACAUUUAUAAGAUCUGAGGCAGGAAAUGUAACGGGGAAUAUUUCAUUUCUAUCAAUUGAUUCUUGUAAUUAUGAAGACAAUGGUGAAUACAUCUGUGAAGCAUGGAACAAAGACUCUCAACAGAUGUUACAUCAAAAAAGUUUUACUAGUGUGACCGUUAACGGUCCUCCUGUGGAAAUUGACAAAAUUAUAACGAUUGACAAAGCUGUGACAUUAUCUGUCAAGUUUUUAUCAGUAAAGAGACCAUAUAACCCGAGAUGGUUUUACAAAACAAUGCUGCUACCAAACUCAACACAAUAUUUCCAAAAUAUGUCGAAAGAUGUUUUAGUGAUAAGAAUGUAUGGGAAAAUUUUAACCCACAAUGGUUACAUCGCAAAUCUCACAGUCAGUAACGACUACGCUAUAUUUAAGUGCUAUCUUUUGAUUGAUAAUGAGUAUGGAACGACAAAAAUGGAAUUUGAAUUCAACAAUCAUGAUAAUGUAGGCUCUAAUGUUUUUAACUUAAGACUGUUCAGCUGGCUAUCAUUUGGAACGAUUUUACUUUUGAUAACAGUUAUUUUAUCAACUGCUUUGAUCUGCCGCCACAGACGAAAUUCACAGGUACUGACUGCCUCUAGAGCUAUAUAUUUGGCUGCACCUGAAAACAUCAACAAUGUGAAUAUUUACGACCUCACCUCUCCCUAUGAAGAAAUUGGUGAUGAUUACUUAGUUCCAACUGCUUCCAACAAUACUGAGACAAGUGUUAAGAGUGAUGAAACAGAAGAGUACCCCGAAGAUGUCGGUCAUUAUCUUGAAUUAGAAUAAUCUCAGUAUGCCCACAUGUAUUAUAAUAUAUCAUUUUGGUGAAAAAAGAAACUAAACUUUGGUCACUUAAGAAAUUGAUAUUGAUGUAAGAAUUACAUAUUCUCUUUUGAUUUUGUUUUUGUCUCAAUCGCAAAUGAGAUUUUUUUAAUCCUUUUUAUGAUAAUUUAGA